AUGACAUUCAUUGGCUUCCUUGAUAAGGAGAAUGAUGCUGCUGAUGAGGAUGAUUUGGAUGGUUUUGCCGCUUAUGACGACGAUUACUCUGAGUUUGUUGUACAUCAUACAGGUUACUUGUUGGACGAUGAUCACUCUGAGUUUGUUGUACAUCAUACAGGUUACUUGUUGGACGAUGAUCACUCUGAGUUUGUUGUACAUCAUACAGGUUACUUGUUGGACGAUGAUCACUCUGAGUUUGUUGUACAUCAUACAGGUUACUUGUUGGACGAUGAUAACUCUGAGUUUGUUGUACAUCAUACAGGUUACUUGUUGGACGAUGAUAACUCUGAGUUUGUUGUACAUCAUACAGGUUACUUGUUGGACGAUGAUAACUCUGAGUUUGUUGUACAUCAUACAGGUUACUUGUUGGACGAUGAUAACUCUGAGUUUGUUGUACAUCAUACAGGUUACUUGUUGGACGAUGAUAACUCUCAGUUUAUUGUACAUCAUACAGGUUACUUGUUGGACGAUGAUCACUCUGAGUUUGUUGUACAUCAAACAGGUUUCUUGUUGGACGAUGAUAACUCUGAGUUUGUUGUACAUCAUACAGGUUUCUUGUUGGACGAUGAUCACUCUGAGUUUGUUGUACAUCAUACAGGUUACUUGUUGGACGAUGAUCACUCUGAGUUACUUGUUGGACGAUGA